UGAUAUCGAAACCGUUUUGUAUCCUCUUGAUAUUCUAUUUAUUAUCUUUGUCAUUGUCUAUAAUCGUCAAAUAUCAAGAUUGUCAAAUGGACGAAAAGCAACGUCAACGCGUCCCCAUAAUGACCGGAAUUCUAACAAAAGUUCUACACAUACCUUCUCAGUUCCCGCUAGUCCGGGGCAUGUUGUCAUACGCCAUCAUUUGGCCCACCUGCAGUGUCACCCAGGAGUACCUGGCCCACGGGACCUCCAUAGAAAACGCGGACUGGGCUCGAGCUGCUCGGUACAGCGUCUUUGGCACUUUCUUCAUGGCACCAGUCUUCUACAACUGGAUGAAGUACACGAGCAGGUUUUUCAAGCGCAGAACAUUAUUGGAAUGCAUAAAAAGGGCGGCGAUUGAGCAAAUAUCGUAUUCGCCGUUGGCAAUGGCGUACUUCUUCUUCGGAAUGAGUUUGUUAGAAAUGAAGCCGGUGGAAGCGUGUGUAAAUGAAGUGAAAGAGAAGUUCUGGCCGACUUACAAGGUGGGGGUCGUGUUUUGGCCGACGGCGCAAACUAUUAACUUCUAUUUUGUGUCUGAGAAGAAUAGAAUUGUGUUUGUAAGCCUAGCGAGUUUUGCGUGGACUGUAUAUUUGGCUCAUAUUAAGGCGAGGGAUCAGAAAAAGAAGGAAGAAAAAUAACUAUUUUUCAGGA